CGCACAGAAACAAACUAUGUAGCCUAUCGCAGGCUGACAGAGCUGGGGAAGAGAGAGCUGGGCUUUGAGCUUCGGUCCAACAGAGGGAGAGGAUUCCAGUCUGUCUGCAUUUGAUAAACAUAUCAAGGUAGAACCAGCAGACUAUAGAACUGGCUGGGGAGCUUGAAGUGAAAUAGAGUGCAAGUGGGUUUGACUGAUUUUAGACCGUCUUGAUCCUAUGCUACUUAUCAAAAGGCAUUGAUACACUGGAAACACAUUUUGAAGGUGUUGGAGAUGGCCAGCUUUAACUGUUCUUCAGUAGACCUCUCUGGGUCUCCAGAUGGUCCGGUACAUUGCGUUGAGGCUGGGGCAUGCAACCAGAGCUCUUCCCUGCCAGGAAAUAAUGGUUCCCAAGCAGCGGACAUGUGCCUGAGCCACGAGCAGUACCUGCUGAAGUACCUGGGGCACCGUAGGUCUCCUGCCUUUUUGCCCGUCUGUGUCACCUACCUGCUGAUCUUCCUGGUGGGGGCUCUGGGAAACGCCCUGACCUGCACGGUUAUCGCCCGCAACAAGGUGAUGUGGACGCCCACCAACUACUACCUGUUCAGCCUGGCGGUGUCGGACCUGCUGGUCCUGAUUUUCGGCAUGCCCCUGGAGCUGUACGACAUGUGGAGCAACUACCCCUUCCUCUUCGGCAAGGGAGGCUGCUACUUCAAGAUCUUCCUCCUGGAGACUGUCUGCUUCGCCUCCAUCCUCAACGUGACGGCGCUCAGCGUGGAGCGCUACAUCGCCGUAGUGCACCCGCUCAAGGCCAAGUACGUGGUCACCAGGGCCCACGCCAAGAGGGUGAUCCUCACCUUGUGGGUGCUCUCCAUGAUCUGCGCCGUGCCCAACACCAGCCUGCACGGGAUCGACACCCUGCCCCCGAGGUUCGGCCGCCAGUACCCCGAGUCGGCCACCUGCACGCUGGUCAAGCCCCAGUGGAUCUACAACCUCCUCAUCCAGGUGACCACCCUGUUCUUCUUCGUGCUGCCCAUGCUGACCAUCAGCGUGCUGUACCUGCUCAUUGGCCUGCAGCUCCGGCGGGAGAGGAUGCUCCACGCGCUCGAGGCCAAGUCGGGCCUCAGCCACAGGAGCUACAGCGGCGUCCACAGCCAGCAGCAGAGAGUGCGCCAUCAGCAAGUCACCAAAAUGCUUUGUGUGCUGGUGAUAGUGUUUGGGAUCUGCUGGGCUCCCUUCCACUCCGACCGCCUUGUCUGGAGCUUCAUCAGCGGCUGGACGGUCCAUCAGCGGCUGAUCUUUGAGUACGUCCACCUCAUCUCCGGCUUCUUCUUCUACCUCAGCUCCGCCAUCAACCCCAUUCUUUAUAACCUCAUGUCCACCCGCUUCAGAGACAUGUUCAGGGAGGUGACCAGCCAGUGUGGCUGUGACUUCCGCAGGUACCCACCGAGCAGGAGCCCAGUGACCCACCUCACCCUGCGGAGCACCGUCUACGAAGUUCCUCCCGGCAACAGUGCCCCCAACUCAGAGGGGGACAACUUUAGCAAGUGCACAGGCUGGCAACAAGAGUGCGAGACCAUUGUAACUUAGCAAGGAUCCUGAAGGGUAAAAAGUUUCAGUUAUCAAUAUUUAAUGAUGCAUUUAUUUCUAUAGAAAUGACUACACACAACAUUGUUGAAAGGACGUGGGUUGUUUUUGAAUACUGAGAUACCAUUUUGAAGGGAAUGUGAAAAGGCAUUCAAAAGUUCAAAUAUGUACAUUUCUAAAAACAAGUGCAUGUACUUUUAUUUGGCGAGCUUGCCUUGAACAGGUGCUGUUUCCCAAUAACAGAAUGGACUUGACAGUUAAUGAGGAAACUUGUAAGUGUUCACAGCUUUGUACAAAUUAACUCUUCAUGCAAGUGCCAAAUGCUCUAUGUAGAACUAACUUAUGAAGCUUUUAAACUGCCUUCCUAAUUCCAAGGAAGGAUACUUAAUUUAUAAAUAAUUGAUGAAAAGUGUUCCAGAUCUCCUGUAGAGUUACAAGAAAGGUAGUGAGCCAUGUAGCUAACAUGGGAGUUGGGAAAACAAAAGGGCUUUGGAACAUCGAUAGGAUGGGCAAAUAAUUAAUCUAUAUGGUAGUACUCAGGGCUACCAAACUGCCAAAUCUGCUAGUCCAGUCCAAUUAUUGGUAGCCCAGGUACAGUAUAUUGAGGUGCAGCCACAUUAUUUGCUAUUUGGAAGAGCAGGAUAUUUCCGUCAAUGAGCCAGUAUACCUAAUGAAGUGGCCACUGAAUGUAUAUACUCACUGGUAUACUGGAAUAUACAUGUGUAUAUCUGUAUCAUUUUACAGGAAAUUAUAUUUACAAACUUGCUGCAUGCUUUAUCUUUUAUUGGCUGAGCAUUGUACUGUAUUGAAAAAUAAUUGAACAGUAAUGUAUCAUUUUCUAAAAUCAUACAUGCGAUCAGUGAAAAAAAACCAGACAGCUUCUCACUUUGUCAACAGAAUGGCAUCACAAACUCAGUGCUAGCUUUCUGCUUCACAAACUCUAACAAUAUAUUAUAAUUAUAUAAUACAAUAUUUCAUAAAUACAGCAUUAAAACAAAAGGCAAUUUAAAGUUUUUUGCUUCUCUGGCUGCUCUGAUUGGUUUUUAAAAAUGCUGGCAAAAAUACCCACUGUAUAUUUCGCUUGCACUACGUAGGAUAUUCUUAUUAGUCAAUGCAAAUGGUACACUUAAAUAUCUUAAUGUGGUGAGGUAUUAUUUUAAUAUGGUUUCACUUAAUGUUUGAGAGUAUGAAUUGUCUAGGCUAUGCUGAGAGAUAGUUUAACUAUUGCUGGCAUGUUAGAGCAAAAGCUGGUUAAAAAGGAGAAUUUCAAGAAUCAUACCUCCUCUCCUCUUUUAAAAUCUUGUGUUUCCUGCAGUCAGACUUUUGGCUACUUAUCUAACUGAGGGACAAAUAACUGAAAGUCACCUAACAGAAAGUCACCUAACUUUCCUGUCAGGGACAGAAAAAUGGUGGUCCCAUGUGUCCAUCCCUGAAGAUGGAGUUACAAAGAAUCUUUGAAGCAUUUUGGGAAACAUAGUACCACUGUAACCAGUAACCAGUACCACUGGUUAAUUGAUUUGAUUAAGAUGAUUUUCAUAAAUGAAUCAAACUAAUGAACUUUCCUUAGGUUGUGUUACGCUAAUUUCAUCUAUAAGGCAUGCUGGAAAAAUGCUUUUGUAAGUUUUCUCAAUGUAUCCGUCAGUUUUGAGUAUAUGUGGCAAUAUAAAUCAAUGUAUUAUAUAUGUAUAUAUUUUUAAAUCUGGGCUUGAAAAACAUUUGUCUGCAAAAUGAAUUUCAACAAAUUGAAUUUUCCAUAGACAACAUAAAAAAGUAAUUUUAGGCAAUAUCAUGGUUAUAUCUGCAUGAGCAUGUAACUACAUUGGGCAUCACAAAGAAUAGGCCCUCUGACUCAGCAGAAAGUCUUUCUUAAGUAUACCUUUCAGCUCUCUGCUUUAAUAUAAACUCUGGCUACAGA